UCAUUUAUAUACGGAACAAUUAUCAUUUGAAGGCGCUCCAACUGAUGGAAAAAGCUGCUUAAAUCGUAUAGUGGCCGCUGAUGAAUUAGGUCUUAGUCUAUUAUCAAUACACGAACAAAAAUUCUUAAUAACAAAUCGUUCAGAAUGGUUACGUAAUAAUUUUCUAUUAGUUUAUAAAGUAAUAUCAAAUUUAUCCACUUUAGAGUUAUUACGCGACUUUUGUUUACAAAUGCUUUGUCAGGAUCCUAAACUACUUUUAAGUGAUCAUUCCAUUCAUUUGGUUGACGAUAAAACUUUAUCUAUAUUAUUAAAAAUGGAUGCUCUUCAAAUGGACGAACUUUCUAUUUGGCAUAUAGUAAUUCAAUGGGGAAUUUCUAAAAUACCUUAUUUAUCUGAAUCAAAUGUUGCUUAUUGGACUCAAGACGAUUGGGAUCUCUUAAAAUCUCGUUUGAUAAAUAUUAUUCCUUUAGUUAGGUUCGAACAUAUCUCAAGAAGGGAUCUUUAUAAAUAUGUUAAACCUUUUUCGAAUAUUUUACCAAAAGAUAUUUUGGCCAUAAUUCCAUCUCAAGAAUAUGAUAACACACUUUCUAAUAAGUUGAAUAACGUUGAUAACAAAGAGAAUAUGGUUAAUGAUGAUAACAAAGAGUUCAUUUCUAACGAUAUUAAAGAUAGUAAAGAUAGUAAAGGAAGUAUGCUUAAUUUUGAUAACAAAGAGAUCAUCUUUAACGAUAAUAAAGGGCAUAUGCUUAAUGCGGAUGACAAAGAGAAUAUUGAUAUCAAAAAAAAUAUUGUUAAUGUCGAUAUUAACAAAAAUAAUUUAAAUGUUUCCAAUGUCAAACGUUCUCAACAAAUUGAUUCAAUAAUAAUUUCGAUUUCACAUCUACCUCAAAUAUCUGAUUGGAUUAAGGGUAACCCUGACGAUGGCUUUCCAAUUCACUUUAAUUUCUCCCUAAUUUUUAGAGCAAGUAGAGAUGGUUAUGCUCCUGGAACUUUUCAUAGAUGGUGUGAUGAUUACGGUGCACCUACAUUAAUUGUAAUUAAACUUACUGAUUCUUGUCAAAUUAUUGGUGGUUAUAAUUGUUUUUCCUGGAAAUCUCCUUUGAUAUUUGCAACCACUCAACAUGAUGAGCGUGCUUUUAUUUUUUCCUUAUGUGAUAAAGAUGGUAACAGAGAAAAAGCUAAAAUCGCUAGACCUAAACGAAUUAAAAAGAAACAUUAUAAUAGUAAAAAGUGCAAUUUGUUAUCUAAUAGUAAAAUGGGUAAUUUAUUAUCUAAUAGUAAAAUGGGCAAUUUGAUAUGUAAUAGUAAAAAGGGUAAUUUUAUGAAGGCAACAAAAGAUCAUUUCAUAUCACCGGGGCCAUCGUUAAAGUUUUCAAGAUUUCUUGGUCCUUGUUUUGGAAAAAGUGAUUUACAAUUGCAAAAUCGUCUUUGUUAUUUUAAACAACGUGAUUAUGAUGACAAUAUUACUGAUCACUCGGGACUUUUCGAAGUUGAUGAUUUUGAAAUUUUCCGUGUGGAAAUUUGUCAAAAAUAA